AUGGGAGCCUUAGGGCUCCUAGGGCUGCUGCUACUGCUGCUUUCAGCGGCAGCCUUGGGCUCCGGAACCGGGACUGGGACUGGCACCGGCCAUCUCGCCGGCUCACCCGCCGUGGGACCAGCUCUGCAGCCUCGGGAGCCUCUCAGCUACUCACGUCUGCAGAGGAAGAGCCUGGCGGUGGACUUUGUGGUGCCCUCGCUCUUCCGUGUCUAUGCUCGGGACCUGCUGCUGCCGCCUUCGUCCUUCUUGGAGCCGAGGGCCAGACGGCCUGAGGCACGCGGCUCCUUGGCUCUCGACUGCGCCCCACUACUUAGGCUGGUAGGGCAACCGCCCGGGGUCUCCUGGACGGAAGGCUCCAGCUCGCCAGCCCCUGCCCAGGCACGGACGCUGACCAGGGUGCUGAAGGGCGGCUCGGUUCGCAAGCUCCGGCGCGCCAAGCAGCUGGUACUGGAGCUGGGAGAGGAGGCGAUCCUUGAGGGCUGUGUCGGGCCCCCAGAGGAGGUGAUUGCGGGACUGCUCCAGUUCAACCUCAGCGAGCUGUUCAGCUGGUGGAUUCACCACGGCGAAGGGCGGUUGAGGAUCCGCCUGAUGCCAGAGAAGAAGGCUUCGGAAGUGGGCAGAGAGGGAAGGCUGUCCGCGGCGAUCCGUGCCUCCCAGCCCCGGCUUCUCUUCCAGAUCUUGGGGAUCGGUCACAGCUCCUUGGAGUCACCGACAAACGUGCCUUCUCCUCCUCCUGAUCCUUUUGUAUGGAAUCUGACCUGGAUAAUGAAAGAUUCCUUCCCUUUCCUGUCUCAUCGCAGUCGAUACGGUCUGGAGUGCAGCUUUGACUUCCCCUGUGAGCUGGAGUACUCCCCACCACUCCACGACCUCCGGAACCAGAGCUGGUCCUGGCGCCGAGUCCCCUCUGAGGAGGCCUCCCAGAUGGACCUGUUGGACGGGCCUGAGACAGAGCACUCCAAGGAGAUGCCCAGAGGCUCCUUCCUGCUCCUCAACACCUCAGCAAACUCCAAGCACACCAUCCUGAGCCCAUGGAUGAGGAGCAGCAGUGAGCACUGCAGCCUGGCUGUCUCAGUGCACAGGCAUCUGCAGCCUUCUGGGAGGUAUGUCGCCCAGCUACUGCCCCACAACGAGGCUGGAAGAGAGAUCCUUCUGGUACCCACUCCGGGAAAGCAUGGUUGGACAGUGCUUCAGGGAAGAAUUGGGCGACCAGAGAACCCAUUCCGAGUGGCCCUGGAAUACAUCUCUAGUGGAAACCGAAGCUUGUCUGCAGUGGACUUCUUUGCCCUGAAGAACUGCAGUGAAGGAACAUCCCCGGGCUCCAAGAUGGCCUUGCAGAGUUCCUUCACCUGCUGGAAUGGGACAGUCCUCCAGCUCGGGCAGGCCUGCGACUUCCACCGGGACUGCGCCCAGGGAGAAGACGAGGGCCAGCUGUGCAGUAAACUCCCUGCUGGGUUUUACUGCAACUUCGAAGAUGGCUUCUGUGGCUGGACCCAGGGCACGCUCGCACCCCACGCCUCCCAGUGGCAGGUCAGGACCCUGAAGGAUGCCCGGGUCCAGGACCACCAAGGCCAUGCCCUGUUGCUCAGCACUACUGAUGUCCCUACUUCUGAAAGUGCUACAGUGACCAGCACUACGUUUCCCGCCCCGAUGAAGAACUCUCCAUGUGAGCUCCGAAUGUCCUGGCUCAUCCGUGGAGUCUUGCAGGGAAACGUCUCCUUGGUCCUGGUGGAGAACAAAACUGGGAAGGAACAAAGUAGAAUGGUCUGGCAUGUUGCCACUAAUGAAGGCUUGAGCCUGUGGCAGUGGACAGUGCUGCCUCUUCUCAAUGUGGCUGACAGGUUCUGGCUGCAGAUUGUUGCGUGGUGGGGGCAAGGAUCCAGAGCCACCGUGGCUUUUGACAAUAUCUCCAUCAGCCUGGACUGCUACCUCACCAUCAGUGGGGAGGACAAGGUGCCACAGGAUACAGCACCCAAAUCAAGAAAUCUGUUUGAGAGAAACCCAAACAAGGAGCCGAAACCCUGGGAAAAUACACCAAGAGAGACCCCCAUCUUUGACCCUACAGUUCACUGGCUGUUCACCACGUGCGGGGCCAGUGGGCCCCAUGGCCCCACACAGGCCCAGUGUAACAACGCCUACCGGAAUUCCAACCUGAGCGUGGUAGUGGGAAGCGAGGGGCCCCUGAAGGGCAUCCAGACCUGGAAGGUGCCAGUCACCGACACCUACAGCAUCUCGGGCUACGGAGCUGCUGGCGGGAAAGGCGGGAAGAACACCAUGAUGCGGUCCCACGGCGUGUCUGUGCUGGGCAUCUUCAACCUGGAGAAGGGCGACACGCUGUAUAUCCUGGUCGGACAGCAGGGGGAAGACGCCUGUCCCAGCACAAACCGGUUAAUCCAGAAAGUCUGCAUUGGAGAGAACAACGUGAUAGAAGAAGAAAUCCGCGUGAACAGGAGUGUGCAUGAGUGGGCAGGAGGGGGCGGAGGAGGGGGCGGAGCCACCUACGUAUUUAAGAUGAAGGAUGGCGUUCCAGUGCCCCUGAUCAUUGCAGCUGGCGGUGGCGGCAGGGCCUACGGGGCCAAGACAGACACAUUCCACCCAGAGAGACUGGAAAAUAACUCCUCGGUUCUGGGGCUGAAUGGCAAUUCCGGAGCCGCAGGUGGUGGAGGUGGCUGGAAUGAUAACACUUCCUUGCUCUGGUCUGGAAAAUCUUUGCUGGAGGGCGCCACUGGAGGACAUUCCUGCCCCCAGGCCAUGAAGAAGUGGGGGUGGGAGACAAGAGGGGGUUUCGGAGGGGGUGGAGGGGGGUGCUCCUCAGGUGGAGGAGGCGGAGGAUAUAUAGGCGGCAACGCGGCCUCAAACAAUGACCCCGAGAUGGACGGGGAGGACGGGGUUUCCUUCAUCAGUCCACUGGGCAUCCUGUACACCCCAGCUUUAAAAGUGAUGGAGGGCCAUGGGGAAGUGAAUAUUAAGCAUUACCUAAACUGCAGCCACUGUGAGGUAGAUGAGUGCCACAUGGACCCCGAGAGCCACAAGGUCAUCUGCUUCUGUGACCAUGGGACAGUGCUGGCUGAGGAUGGUGUCUCCUGCAUUGUGUCCCCCACACCUGAGCCCCACCUGCCGCUCUCGCUGGUCCUGUCUGUCGUGACCUCAGCCCUUGUGGCGGCCCUGGUCUUGGCUUUCUCCGGCAUCAUGAUUGUGUACCGCCGGAAGCACCAGGAGCUGCGAGCCAUGCAGAUGGAGCUUCAGAGCCCUGAGUACAAGCUAAGCAAGCUUUGCACCUCGACCAUCAUGACUGACUACAACCCCAACUACUGCUUUGCCGGCAAGACCUCCUCCAUCAGUGACCUGAAGGAGGUGCCUCGGAAGAACAUCACCCUCAUCCGGGGUCUGGGCCAUGGUGCGUUUGGGGAGGUGUAUGAAGGUCAGGUGUCUGGAGUGCCCAGUGACCCAAGCCCCCUGCAAGUAGCUGUAAAGACGCUGCCUGAGGUGUGUUCUGAACAGGAUGAACUGGAUUUCCUCAUGGAAGCCUUGAUUAUCAGCAAAUUCAACCACCAGAACAUCGUGCGCUGUAUUGGGGUGAGUCUGCAAGCCCUGCCCCGAUUUAUCCUGCUGGAGCUCAUGGCGGGAGGAGACCUCAAGUCCUUCCUCCGGGAGACCCGUCCUCGCCCGAACCAGCCUUCCUCCCUGGCCAUGCUGGACCUUCUGCACGUGGCUCGGGACAUCGCCUGUGGCUGUCAGUAUUUGGAGGAAAAUCACUUCAUCCACCGGGACAUUGCUGCCAGGAACUGCCUCUUGACGUGUCCAGGCCCUGGCCGAGUGGCCAAGAUCGGAGACUUUGGAAUGGCCCGAGACAUCUACAGAGCGAGCUACUACCGAAAGGGAGGCUGUGCGAUGCUGCCGGUCAAAUGGAUGCCUCCAGAAGCCUUCAUGGAAGGAAUAUUUACUUCUAAAACAGACACGUGGUCCUUUGGAGUGCUGCUGUGGGAAAUAUUUUCUCUUGGAUACAUGCCAUACCCUAGCAAAAGCAACCAGGAAGUUCUGGAGUUCGUCACCAGCGGAGGACGGAUGGACCCACCUAAGAACUGUCCUGGGCCCGUAUACCGGAUAAUGACCCAGUGCUGGCAACAUCAGCCUGAAGAUAGGCCCAACUUUGCCAUAAUUUUGGAGAGGAUUGAAUACUGCACCCAGGACCCAGACGUGAUCAACACCGCUUUGCCCAUAGAGUAUGGCCCACUCGUGGAGGAGGAAGAAAAGGUGCCCAUGAGGCCCCAAGACCCGGAGGGUAUUCCUCCUCUCCUAGUCUCCCCUCCACAACCUAAACGGGAGGAGGGGCAGGAUCGAGCUGCCCCGCCCCCUCUGCCUUCCACUUCCUCCGGCAAAGCCUCCAAGAAACCCACGGCCGCGGAGCUCUCUGUUCGCGUCACCAGAGGGCCCGCCGUGGAAGGGGGACACGUUAAUAUGGCGUUCUCUCAGUCCAACCCGCCAUCAGAGCUACACAAAGUCCAGGGAUCUAGAAACAAACCCACCAGCCUAUGGAACCCAACUUAUGGCUCAUGGUUUACAGAGAAACCCACCAAAAAGAACAAUCCUCCGGCAAAGAAGGAGCACCAUGAGAGAGGAAACCUGGGACGUGAGGGAAGCUGUACCGUCCCACCGAACGUUGCAACUGGCAGACUUCCGGGCGCCUCUCUGCUCCUAGAACCAUCCUCGCUGACUGCCAACAUGAAGGAAGUGCCUCUGUUCAGGCUACGUCACUUCCCGUGUGGAAAUGUCAACUAUGGCUACCAGCAACAGGGCUUACCUUUAGAGGCCACCACUGCCCCUGGAACCAGUCAUUACGAGGACACCAUUCUGAAAAACCAGCCUGGGCCCUGA